GCCGGGGGCGCGCUCCGUAACCGACUGCGUGCCCCAAAGACGGGCGAGCUGCGGCUUGCUGUGGUGCGGUCGCGGCCCUGGCCACCGUGGCGCCGCUAGGCUCCAGGCCUCAUGGCCCGCGGCCGCAGCUCGUUGCGGCCCACCUACCGCGGGGCCCUCCAAUGGCCACCUGCGGCUGCCCGGUCGCCGCGUCCCUGGGUUCCGCCGCGUCCCUGGGUUCCUCCGCCUCCUCCCUAUGGGACUCUGGGCUGGCCGGCCAGACUACAGCAAUGAAUUGGUGGCCUAGCAACCUCCGAAGAUGGAAAAACGGAAGUCCGACGACACAGAGCUGUUGCCAAAACAAAGAGGAUUUGGUGAUGGAGGCUUUGUUGGAAGGAAUACAAAAUCGGGGGCAUAGUGGGGGAUUUUUGACAUCCUGUGAAGCAGAACUGCAAGAGCUCAUGAAACAGAUCGAUAUAAUGGUGGCUCAUAAGAAGUCUGAGUGGGAGGGGCAGACACAUGCUCUGGAGACUUGUUUGGACAUCCGUGAUCGGGAGCUGAAGGCUCUGAGGAGUCAGCUGGACAUGAAGCACAAAGAGGUUGGAAUAUUGCAUCAGCAGAUAGAAGAACAUGAGAAAACCAAGCAAGAAAUGGCCAUGGAGUACAAGGAGGAGUUACUGAAGCUGCAGGAGGAAUUAAGCAGACUGAAGAGAAGCUAUGAAAAGCUGCAGAAAAAGCAACUAAGAGAGUUUAGAGGAAAUACCAAAAGUCUGCGAGAGGACCGGUCUGAGAUUGAGAGGCUGACUGGGAAAAUAGAGGAAUUCCGACAGAAGUCUCUGGACUGGGAGAAGCAGCGUCUGAUUUAUCAGCAACAGGUAUCUUCUCUGGAAGCACAGAGGAAGGCUCUGGCUGAACAGUCAGAGAUAAUCCAGGCUCAGCUUGCCAACCGGAAACAGAAAUUAGAGUCUGUGGAACUGUCUAGCCAGUCAGAAAUUCAGCACCUGAACAGUAAGCUUGAGCGGGCCAAGGACACCAUCUGUGCCAAUGAGCUGGAAAUAGAGCGCCUUAACAUAAGGGUCAAUGACCUGAUGGGAACCAAUAUGACUAUCCUGCAGGACCAUCGGCAGAAGGAGGAGAAACUGAGGGAAUCUGAGAAGUUACUAGAGGCUCUGCAGGAAGAACAGAAAGAGUUGAAGGCAAGUCUUCAAUCUCAAGAAACCUUCAUCCUUGAGGCAAAAAUGCAGAAGGAGAAACUGCAAACGAAAUUAAAGGCAGUUGGCACUCAGCAAUCCAUAGAAAGGCCUCUGGAGGACUGUCAGAAGGAAAGGAAGUACAGCUCUCCAGGGCAUGGAGUCUUGGAUAAUGUGCUCUCCCAGCUGGACUUCAGCCACAGCAGUGAAGAACUCCUGCAGGCAGAGGUGACUCGUCUUGAAGGCAGUUUAGAAUCUGUGAGUGCAACAUGUAAACAGCUGAGCCAAGAACUAAUGGAAAAAUACGAAGAGCUGAAGAGGAUGGAAGGGCACAACAAUGAGUACCGGACAGAGAUAAAGAAGUUGAAGGAACAGAUUCUGCAGGCUGAUCAGACCUACAGUUCUGCCCUGGAAGGAAUGAAGAUGGAAAUCUCUCAGCUAACUCGGGAGUUACACCAGCGAGAUAUCACUAUUGCUUCUGCCAAGUGUUCCUCCUCGGACAUGGAGAAGCAGCUGAAGGCAGAGAUGCAGAAGGCAGAGGAAAAGGCUGUAGAGCAUAAGGAGAUUCUAAGUCAGCUGGAAUCUCUCAAAUUAGAAAAUCGUCGUCUUUCUGAGACAGUGAUGAAGCUGGAACUGGGCUUGCAUGAGGCAAAAGAGAUUUCACUAGCAGACCUUCAGGAGAAUUAUAUUGAGGCAUUAAAUAAAUUAGUGUCUGAAAAUCAACAACUACAGAAAGAUUUGAUGAGCACCAAAUCUCAGCUGGAGCAUGCUACUCACGUGUGCAAAAAAAAAGAUGGCGAGAUCUUUAACCCAGCACACAGCAGAGCAGCGUUCAAGAAUGCAGAGCUUAAGCCAACCCAUGGCCAGCACAGACAUGAUGGACUAAAGACCAAGCAGUACAAAACAGGUCACCACUCGCCUCGAGGACAAACGUUGGAUAGCAUAGACCCCGUGGCCAGGGGUCCCAGCCCCCUGAGUUCUCACAUCAGCCCCAGCAGCUCUACCGUCUCUCUGCCUUCCAACUUUCUAUUUCAGACUCACUCUUUGCCUUCAGUGCUAGAUGUAAAUGAUGUCAACUUUUCUGACAGUCUGUCUGACUGUAUGAAUGACCAAGAAGAGUAUGUAUCUUCGGGCUCGCUGCCUGUCUCUCCUCUGGGUUCGAUAGCUACCAGGUUUCUAGAAGAGGAGGAGCUGAGGUCUCAUCAUAUUCUAGAGCGCCUGGACGCCCACAUUGAAGAACUGAAAAGAGAGAGUGAGAAGACGGUGAGGCAGUUCACAGCCCUCGUGUAGCCCUGCGCAGCCACAGACGGAAGACUGGAUUAUAAAGUUGUAAUAAAGCCAUGCUUGCAAGAGCAGCACUGAGGAGUCUGCAGAUUAGUGCUUAGGUAUUUUCACUGCUUUGUGUGAAGGACUGCUUCCAGUAGUAGCUUGUGAGAAUAAACCACUUUGCAGACUUUUCUCACAUGAAUGUUUAUUACCACAGAACAAUACUUUUUCUUUCCGACUUACAUGUGAAUAGCUGUGUACUAAUUAAAAUAAAGAUUGUACUAUAGAGUUUGAAACUAAAGUAACUACAGAGCUUCCCUUAAAGGAAGUAUGUAGUGGAAGCAUGGCUGUGAAGUUGUUCAGCUAGCUUCUUAUGCUUUCUCACCUUGUUAGGUGCAAAGUCGGGCUACAAGUCUGUCAAGGGGCUAUGGGGAGGUCCUUGGGACGGAGGCUUGUGCACAUGUUCAAGGAGAAGAGAGGACUGCAUAGGUCAGAGCUGGAUUUAGUGUGUGGAACUCAUGGGAUAUCUAGUCUUAAUGCUUAGCAUUUGCACGCUGAGGAGAGGUUCAGAGGGGGGAAAGGAUUUGAAGCCACAUUGUUGACAACCAAGGAGGGCAUGGACAGAAGAGAGCAGGGUUCUAGGCAGCUGAGGAUCAGAGGAGCCAAACCAGUGCAGAAGUGGACCAUACAGUCAGGGCAAGGAGAAGGCACAUGCUGGGCUUGCCAGCUCAAGGACCCAGCUCCUCCCAUUCUCCCUGCUAGAGGGUCUUUCCCAUCAUAAACAUCCUGGGAUUCUUCUUUUCAAAAGAAAUGGAAAAAGUGCCCAUCUACUCCAUAUAUUUGCUCCUCUUUGGCAAACAUUUCUAGAAAUAGGUGGCUGUAGUGAUGAUUUCUGGUUUGUCUCCUCUCUUCUCUUUUGAGCCCUCUUCACCCUGAAGCUGCUGUCCUGCCUUGGACGUUACUAAUGUCCUAAUCUCCGGACAUUGUUCCACACAGCAGCCAUUUCCCAUCCUCCCUUGGCUCCUAUGACCUGGUGCUGCUGGCUCCCUUCUGUCUGCCUGGUCUCUGCUCUAGAACUUUCCAUCUGUUCCCAAGCUCUUAUAACUAUGUGUAGCCCAGUGUUCUCUAUAGUCAAGCAAUCAGAUAUGCCUCUGGU